AACACUUUAUAAAAAAUAAAUAAAUAAAAAUAUCCGACUGGGAAAAAAUGUAUAUUAAGUCAUCCAACUUGGAAUUCCAACUCGGGAGCUAGGACCUGAAGAUCACUGAUUUGAUCUCGCAUUUUUCUGAGUUUCCAGUUGUUUUGAAUGCGGCUAUAGAGUACCACAGUAUGGGUCAUAAUACCCAUAAAUGUAGCGGUCAAACAUGGAAAUGGUUCCAAUUGUUUUCCCGCCAUUCAUUUUUCCUCAUAGGGGAUUUUAGAAACAUUUCAAAUAAGAGCUGUGUUUCGUUGCUUACCCUGGCGUGAUGUUUUGAUAACUGUGUAAAGCUCUCUAGGACAAAGUUACUUUUUAUAAAUAUAUUUGCCUGUAUUUACCCCCCAAUAAUGCAUUGCAAAUUAGCUGCUAAUAUGGCUAUCAUAAAGGACUACAAAUGCCAUGAUGACCUGGACGAGACUGCUGAAUCGAGGCAAAGGAUGUCUCAGUUCACCGAUGAGCCUCGCUUCACCAUCGAGCAGAUUGACCUGCUCCAACGGCUGAGGAGGACGGGGAUGACCAAGCCAGAGAUCCUCCACGCCCUGGAUACCCUGGACAGACUGGACCGCCAGCACGGACACAAGUUUGGACGCCGCCCCCAGACGCAGCCCCAGCCUGUCGGUCAGGGACCGACGUCCAAUAGCAAUGCUAAUAUGACGUCGUCUUCCUCGUCCAAUAAUGUUGUGGCGUCCUCGUCGACGUCCACGGCCGCCACACAGACUGGUUACCAGGCGAAUGGGAGUGGCGGGAGUGGUCUGUCGCCGUCACCUAGCAACAACUAUGAUAUGUCGCCGCCCCCUCCGGCGGUUGUAUCUGCCCCUGUUGCUUUGGCAGCGGUGGCUCAGAACGGGGUUGGUGGUGGCGGAGAGAUUGUUGCCAUGACGAACGGAAAGCUGUCUCCACCACGGUUUCCUAUCAGUGUUAGUGCGGUUAGUGGUGGCGUGACGGGGAGAGGCUACGGGUUUGAGGCCAGCGAGGAGGAACUAGACGUGGACGACAAAGUGGAGCAGCUCAUGAGAAGGGACAGUGCCAUAAUCAAGGAGGAGAUCAAGGUAUUCCUGGGGAACAGGCGCAUCUCUCAGGCCGUGGUGGCUCAGGUCACAGGUAUCAGUCAGAGUCGUAUCUCCCACUGGCUGCUCCAGCAGGGCUCGGACCUCAGUGAACAGAAGAAGAGGGCCUUCUACCGCUGGUACCAGUUGGAGAAGACCACCCCGGGUGCCACUCUGACGAUGCGGCCUGCCCCCAUGUCUCUGGAGGAUGUGGUUGAGUGGCGGCAGACUCCGCCCCCUAUAAGCUCCACCCCCGGGAGCUUCCGUCUGCGCCGAGGCAGUCGGUUCACCUGGAGGAAAGAAUGUCUGGCUGUGAUGGAGAGUUACUUCAAUGACAACCAGUACCCUGAUGAAGCUAAAAGAGAGGAGAUCGCUAACGCCUGCAACGCUGUCAUCCAGAAACCAGGGAAGAAGCUGUCUGAUCUGGAGAAAGUCACGUCUCUGAAGGUCUACAACUGGUUUGCCAACCGCCGCAAGGAGAUCAAGAGACGCGCCAACAUAGAAGAAGCAGCAAUCCUGGAGAGUCAUGGGAUCGACGUCCAGAGUCCUGGAGGACACUCCAACGGCGAUGACAUUGAGGGGAAUGACUUCCCUGACCAGGGCUGUGAAGUCCCUCUGUUUGAGAAGAGGGCUGUUACCAGACCCUUCAGUCGACUAGAUCUGUCCUCUCCCACACAGGUGCCCACCCUGCUGCCCAGCUGGCUGGCGGCUUGGCCCGGCUCGGGCAGGGGGGGCUUGGCUGCCCAGAGGGCUAGCUCUCUGAUUGGCCGCUCCUUGCUCUCUGGGUGGGGUCUCGCUCAGGGGGCGGGGAUGGAAGGUUCCAGACUGACAGGUGUGUCCUGGUCUCCCCCUUCCCCCCAGGAUGAUGACUCCACCAAUCACAGCAAUGCCCUGGAGCACCAGGAUCCCAUCGCCCUUGCUGUGGAGAUGGCGGCCGUCAAUCACAGCAUCCUCGCCCUGGCAACGCAGGCGGGGGGAGGAUUGGCCCUGGGCGGGACAGGAAGUGACAUCAAAACAGAGGUGCUGGACGACUAGGGAUGAGAGAGACACAUGUAAUUCUGCAUUCAGAAUCAAAUGGGAAGGUGGUAAUUACCAGUUGUGAAGUCGCAAAAACGUGUUUGGAUGCAUUCACGCGCUUUGAACUCGUUGAGAAACGUACAGCUAUAAUGCUUGUAAACAAAUUAGUGUUCAAAAAACAUUAAUAUAACUAUAAAAAGCAAUGUUUUGUUGUUGCAUUUAACUGCCAAAAAUGCUGUUAUCGAAGUCAUUUCCUUAGGUGACGUCAGAGUUCAGGAAUGAUAGACGGGUUUCCCAUUAGCAGCUACCAGUCAGUCGUAUAUGGUAAAUACCACAUUCCCACUUGGUUAUGAACGCAACAUAUGAUUGUGUGUGCGCACGAGCGUGCGUGCGUGCACGUGAGGAUGAGGCUAUAGUAGAGUAGGAAAAAUAUUUGUUGGGAGCAAGUAGAGCUUGUUGGAACAUUAUACUGUAAAUGAUGACCAAAAGUAAUGCAUAGGCUUAGAGACUGUCAAAGCUAAGGUAACAGGUCUCCCCUUACCUCUACCACCCCAUUUCCUAACCCCUUUAGACUGUUCUAGAGGUAUUGUGUUGGGAGGCCUGGCCCUAAAGUUGUCUAUGAAACAGUCAUACAGUGUAUGUACAGUGUGUGAGGUAUAUUAUGCUCUUGUCUGUGUGAGUCUAAAGAAUCAGAAUAGGUUAUUAUGGAAACCUGGACACCUCCCUCUAAGCAUAGAGGACUCCUGCCUUGGCACCUUCUCCCCCAACGUGUGCAGUAUGCUAUUUGAUUCCUUGACUCCUCGCUCACUCUGUCUUUCUUCUCCACCUCACCCAGACAUAUUCUCUUUCUAUGUAUAGUCUUCUCUUUGGCUUUGCCUCUUACACUCUGUUCGCCCCUCCCUUUCCCCUCUCAUCUGUCUGCCCCUUUUCAUUUGUCUCCAUCGUCGCAGUAUAAGGGAGAGAGAGGUGAGGGUUCUCAACAGGCCUCUGUAAUCCCUAAAAUGUAUAAAUAUAUCCCCUUGUUGUAGCACUACCUAAGCUGGGUAGGUUUUUAAAGCAAGUGAAAAUCCGACAUUCAUUAUAUUAUUGCUUGAGAGAGAGAGGACUCGUGCAAGCUAGUGAAAGGGGCCAUACGUGGUUGUUAUGGGGGGUAACUAUAAGCAUAUUGAAGCUGUACCCAAACCAUUUGUUUUUAGCUUUUAACCGUAGCUUAGUCUGUUCCCUUAAAUUAAGGUGUCAUAAUCAUGUUCCCCAGUUGAGAGAGAAUGCGUUACUACACUGUUCAAAAAAUAAAGGGAACACUUAAACAACACAUUGUAACUCCAAGUCAAUCACACUUCUGUGAAAUCAAACUGUCCACUUAGGAAGCAACACUGAUUGACAAUACAUUUCACAUGCUGUUGUGCA